CUCCUUCCCCUCCAUCAUCCCUCCAUCUCUCCUCCCCAUCUUCCCCUCCCAUCUGUCCUCCACCCCAUCUUCCCCUCCAUGUCCCCUCACCUCGAGCACCACGGCCCUCAUGUCGCCAUCCCCCCCUGUCCCCUCACCUCUAGCACGACAGUCCUCAUGUGGCCGCCCCUCUCCAGCCUCUGGAUCCCUGGGAUCUCUCCAGGAGGAUUUGGAGCAGCAGGAGAAGGAGAGGGAAGUUUUCCAUAAGGAUUUUCCCAAGGAAUGGAGCUUGGGAAGGAGGAAGGAGGGAAACAGGAAUCCUCUCUGGGGGUGCUGGCCCAGCUGGAAUCCCUGGAGCGCCGGGAGGGGUUGGAAUUCCGGGAUCAGGAGCUCCGGGAUCGUCGGGAAUCGCGGGAGUUCCGGCUGCGCUCCCGGGCUCGGGAAUUGCGGCUCCGGCGGGAUCGGCUGCGGGAAAAGCUGGAGCGCCUGGAAAAACAGGCGCCGGGAAAAGCGGGAACGGCUCCGGAUUCAGAUUCGGAUCCGACCCCUCCCGACCCUCGGGAUGUCCUGGAAUGGCGGAUCCGGAGCCUCCGGGCCCUGCUCCGGCUUUUCCACCUCACAGGGAUCAGCGGGAAGCUCUCCAAGCGGGGGGUUUUCCUGACCCUCAGCACUUCCUACGAGAAUUCCCAGCUGGAUUCCUUCCACCUGGAGCUGCAGGCGCUUCCCGAGCUCCGGAUCCAGCGCCAUUCCAUCCCCGCCUUCAUCCCCCUGGAGAGGCUUUCCCGGGAAUUCCUGCCCAGGGAUCUCCGGCGCUUCCUGGGUCUGCUCUGCCAGCACCUCAACGGAUUCGUGGGAAGGAGAUUCCAGGCUGAGCAAUUCCAGGAACGCUUCUCCGACUGGAUCCAAGGGAUUCCCCAGCGGAAUUCCCUCUGCAACCUCCUGAAGUUCCGCUACAGCCUGGCCAGGAACAGCGGGAAUUUCCCGUUCCAGGCCCGGCUCCUGUACCGGGAUCCCUGCCGGAGCCUCCCCACGGACGUGGCCGUGUCCUGCUCCCCGGAGGCUCCAGCGGCGCUGGCGGCGCAGGCAGAGCAGCACUCGGAGCUGUUCCGGACCGUGGCGCUCCACAGGGCAUUCCAGAGCCUCACCGGAGCUCCCUGAGCCCCCUCCGGAAUCCGGCCGGGAAUUCUGCAGCCCUCCCGACCCCCUUCCCGCUCCGCCUUUUCCAUGGAUCGGCAGCGUUUUCCUCCUCUCCUCUCGGGAUCUCGGAGCGUCUCCCUCGUUGUUGGUUUGUGCCACGGAAUUCCCAGUUGUGGACAAAAAAAUCUGGGAUUUGGAGCGGGAAACGGUGUCGGAAUUCCGGGAUUUCUGCAGUUUGGGAAUGACACCCACAUGGAUCGGCUUUCCCUGCGCUCUCUCCCCCCCCAGCAUUCCCAAAAAAAAAAAAAGAAGGGAGCACGGGGAGUUCAUUCCCAAAAAAAAAAAGGAGUAGUGGAAUCAUUCCUAAAAAAAACAAGGGAGCAUGGGGAGUUCAUUCCCAAAAAAAAAAUGAUCCCCUUCCUGGUUUUCCACCCAAGUUUCCCAUUCCCAAAAUUCAAGGAAAUUUCAAGGAAAGAAAAAAAACCCAAAACUCUGUUUUUGUUUUCCCCCCUCAAAAAUUCCCGGUUUUCCUUAAAUUCCACGUGGAAUAAAAGG